CAUGUGUUAGUUGGUUGGUUUUAUAGCCACACUCCACACUCAUGUGUUAGUUGGUUGGUUUUAUAGCCACACUCCACACUCAUGUGUUAGCCAGUUGGUUUUCAUAUUCAUGUGACUGCUGGAGCAGGAUAUUCAACACUGGGUAGUGUGUUAAUUAUCAUGGGAAAGCUUUUUCAUCAGGGAGUGCAUUUUAUAAUCUUAAUUAAGGGGUUCAUCAGUAAGGCCAAGUACACCAAGAUGACCACCAUCUGAGAGACCACAAGCCCAAGAUAUUUGGGGAAAGAAACAAUGAAUAUGGAAGGUGACACUGAAGAUCCCCCUCAAGGUUCACAAUGCCAUGAAGAUUAUAAAAGAGACUGUCAUGUAAAGCAUGUGGGAGAUCACCCAUCAGAGACACUUUUUAACACAGGAGAGAAGUUCCAGUGUUCAGAAUGUUCUAGAUCAUUUACUAAAAAAUCUAGUUUAGUACAACAUAUGAGGGUUCACACAGGAGAGAAGUUCCAGUGUUCAGAAUGUUCUAGAUCAUUUACUAAAAAAUCUGGUUUAGUACAACAUAUGAGGGUUCACACAGGAGAGAUGUUACAGUGUUCAGAAUGUACUAGUUCAUUUACUAGAAAAUCUAGUUUAGUACAACACAUGAGGGCUCACACAGGAAAGAAGUUCCAGUGUUCAGAAUGUACUAGUUCAUUUACUAGAAAAUCUAGUUUAGUACAACAUAUGAGGGUUCACACAGGAGAGAUGUUACAGUGUUCAGAAUGUACUAGUUCAUUUACUAAUAAAUCUAAAUUAGUUGAACAUAUGAGGGUUCACACAGGAGAGAAGUUCCAGUGUUCAGAAUGUACUAGUUCAUUUACUUAUAUAUCUAAAUUAGUUGAACAUAUGAGGGUUCACACAGGAGAGAUGUUCCAGUGUUCAGAAUGUACUAGUUCAUUUACUAAUAAAUCUAAAUUAGUUGAACAUAUGAGGGUUCACACAGGAGAGAUGUUCCAGUGUUCAGAAUGUACUAGUUCAUUUACUAAUAAAUCUAAAUUAGUUGAACAUAUGAGGGUUCACACAGGAGAGAAGUUCCAGUGUUCAGAAUGUACUAGUUCAUUUACUUAUAAAUCUAGUUUAGUACAACAUAUGAGGGUUCACACAGGAGAGAUGUUACAGUGUUCAGAAUGUACUAGUUCAUUUACUUAUAAAUCUCAAUUAGUUGAACAUAUGAGGGUUCACACAGGAGAGAUGUUCCAGUGUUCAGAAUGUACUAGUUCAUUUACUAAUAAAUCUAAAUUAGUUGAACAUAUGAGGGUUCACACAGGAGAGAUGUUCCAGUGUUCAGAAUGUACUAGUUCAUUUACUUAUAAAUCUAGUUUAGUACAACAUAUGAGGGUUCACACAGGAGAGAUGUUCCAGUGUUCAGAAUGUACUAGUUCAUUUACUAGAAAAUCUGGUUUAGUACAUCAUAUGAGGGUUCACACAGGAGAUAUGUUACAGUGUUCAGAAUGUACUAGUUCAUUUACUAAUAAAUCUAAAUUAGUUGAACAUAUGAGGGUUCACACAGGAGAGAUGUUCCAGUGUUCAGAAUGUACUAGUUCAUUUACUUAUAAAUCUAGUUUAGUACAACACAUGAGGGCUCACACAGGAGAGAAGUUCCAGUGUUCAGAAUGUACUAGUUCAUUUACUAAUAAAUCUAAAUUAGUUGAACAUAUGAGGGUUCACACAGGAGAGAUGUUCCAGUGUUCAGAAUGUACUAGUUCAUUUACUUAUAAAUCUAGUUUAGUACAACAUAUGAGGGUUCACACAGGAGAGAAGUUCCAGUGUUCAGAAUGUACUAGUUCAUUUACUAGAAAAUCUGGUUUAGUACAUCAUAUGAGGGUUCACACAGGAGAUAUGUUACAGUGUUCAGAAUGUACUAGUUCAUUUACUUAUAAAGGUAAUUUAGUACAACAUAUGAGGGCUCACACAGGAGAGAAGUUCCAGUGUUCAGAAUGUACUAGUUCAUUUACUUAUAUAUCUAAAUUAGUUGAACAUAUGAGGGUUCACACAGGAGAGAUGUUCCAGUGUUCAGAAUGUACUAGUUCAUUUACUAAUAAAUCUAAAUUAGUUGAACAUAUGAGGGUUCACACAGGAGAGAUGUUCCAGUGUUCAGAAUGUACUAGUUCAUUUACUAAUAAAUCUAAAUUAGUUGAACAUAUGAGGGUUCACACAGGAGAGAAGUUCCAGUGUUCAGAAUGCACUAGUUCAUUUACUUAUAAAUCUAGUUUAGUACAACAUAUGAGGGUUCACACAGGAGAGAACUGGUCAGGUCAUGGAGUUAAAGAUGAACCUGUUGAUGGUCAACCUUCAAUCUUAAGUAUAUCAGAAGAUCCACUUCAAUCUGAGAUGGUUCCUCCAUCUUCUAUAAAAUUAGAGAGCCUUAAGGAGGAAUUUGAGUUUCUUGAGGAAGAAUUGUGA